AUGAAGGCCGCUUUCGUUGCUGUUGCUCUCGCCGCUCUGGCCCAGGCUCAGACCCGCGCUGAUAUCCCAUCCUGCGCUCUGCCCUGCCUCGACGACGCCGUCAAGGCCAACACCAAGUGCUCUACCACCGACUACGCCUGUAUCUGCAAGGACUUCAACGCUGUCCAGGGCGCUGCCACCGGCUGUGUCGUUGAGAAGUGCGGUACCGACGUUGCCAUCAACAAGGUCCUGCCCGCCACUCAGGCUCUCUGCGCCGCCAACUCUGGCUCUGGAUCCGGCUCUGGCUCUUCUGCUGCCAACACCACUCCCGCCCAGCAGACCACCUCUGCCGCUCAGUCUUCUUCUGCUGCCCAGUCUUCCUCUGCUGCUCAGUCCUCUGUCGCCAGCGCUCCCCCCAGCUCUGCUCCCGCCCAGACCACCUCUGCUGCCCAGACCACCCCCGUCGUCCCCGUCGGCACUGGCACUGGUGUUCCUCCUCCCGCUGGCAACAAGACCACCACUGGUGCUCCCACUGCCCCCACCAACGGCGCUUCCACCAUCCUGCCCGGCCUCGCCUUCAUCGCCGCUCUCUGCGCCUUUGCCCUGUAA